UGGGGGAGAAGAGGGCAGGUUAAGUGUUUUCCGCUGAUGUGUGCAUCAGUGGUCAGAGAUGAGGCAUAUAAAUGUAGAGAGAUGAUGGCCAGAGUGGAGGGACACAGUUCUACACACUACACAGCAUCUCAACUUAAAAGCACAAACCAUCAUGGAAGCUGCCAUCUGCACCCUCGUCACCCAGUUCAAGACGUAUGCUGGGAAAGAUGGGUCCUCCAGCACCCUCAGUAAGGAUGAAUUCCACAACCUGGUGACCUCCCAGCUACCCAACUAUGUCAAGAACGCCAGUGAUCCCGGGGCGAUCGAGCAGCUCAUGAGCUCGCUGGAUGAAAACAACGACGGGGAGCUGACUUUCUCCGAGUUCUGGCAGCUGAUCGGAAAACUGGCGAGCAAACAGGGAGGCUUCAGUCAGUAGAGCUCGCCAUCCUCUGUCCGUUGUGGCUUUGAGUAGAUUGUUGCAAUACCAAUCAACUCAAUUUAAGCUGUCCAAAUUCAAACUCAAAGGCAUUCACAUCCUUUUAUCACUCCACCAGUCCCACAUGUGUAACUCUUUAGUUAACCAUUUGUUGAAUGCAGGGAACUUUUGAAUUAAAGGCUUCAUUGUCUCCAGCCCUCAGCCACCAACA